GGCUGCGUGCCCUCUUGCACCUUCGGUCCCGGCGCCCAAGCAGCCCGGUCCGGCCCCGCAGCCAGCAGCGUGUGGACAGCGGUGGCGACUGACUCUCCAAGGCUGGGAGCUACAGCCAAGAUAGUGGCUGGGAAGCACCAUGGCCAGAGUCCUGCAGCUCUCCCUGACUGCCCUCCUCCUGCUGCUGCCUGCGGCUCUUGCUAUGCACUCUGACUGCAUCUUCAAGAAGGAGCAAGCCAUGUGCCUGGAGAAGAUCCAGAAGGCCAACGACCUGAUGGGCCUAAAUGAGUCUUCCCCAGGUUGCCCUGGCAUGUGGGACAAUAUCACAUGUUGGAAGCCUGCUCAAAUAGGUGAGACAGUCCUUGUGAGCUGCCCUGAGGUCUUCCGGAUCUUCAACCCGGACCAAGUCUGGAUGACAGAAACCAUAGGGGAUUCUGGUUUUGCCGAUAGUAAUUCCUUGGAAAUCACUGACAUGGGGGUCGUGGGCCGGAACUGCACAGAGGAUGGCUGGUCAGAGCCUUUCCCCCAUUACUUCGAUGCUUGUGGGUUUGAUGACUAUGAGCCUGAGUCUGGGGAUCAGGAUUAUUACUACCUGUCGGUGAAGGCCCUCUACACAGUCGGCUACAGCACUUCCCUCGUCACCCUCACCACUGCCAUGGUCAUCUUGUGCCGCUUCCGGAAGCUGCAUUGCACCCGAAACUUCAUCCACAUGAACCUGUUCGUGUCUUUCAUGCUGAGGGCUAUCUCUGUCUUCAUCAAAGACUGGAUCUUAUAUGCCGAGCAGGACAGCAGUCACUGCUUCGUCUCUACUGUGGAAUGUAAAGCUGUCAUGGUUUUCUUCCACUACUGUGUGGUAUCCAACUACUUCUGGCUGUUCAUUGAAGGCCUGUACCUCUUCACACUGCUGGUGGAGACCUUCUUCCCCGAGAGGAGAUAUUUCUACUGGUACACCAUCAUCGGCUGGGGGACGCCUACAGUGUGUGUGACUGUGUGGGCUGUGUUGAGACUCUACUUCGAUGAUGCAGGAUGCUGGGAUAUGAAUGACAGCACAGCUUUGUGGUGGGUGAUCAAAGGUCCUGUGGUUGGCUCUAUAAUGGUUAACUUCGUGCUUUUCAUUGGCAUCAUCAUCAUCCUGGUGCAGAAGCUGCAGUCUCCAGACAUGGGAGGCAAUGAGUCCAGCAUCUACUUAACAAAUUUAAGACUGAGAGUCCCCAAGAAUGCCCGAGAGGAUCCCCUGCCUGUGCCCUCAGACCAGCAUUCACCCCCUUUCCUCAGCUGCGUGCAGAAAUGCUACUGCAAGCCACAGCGGGCUCAGCAGCACUCUUGCAAGAUGUCAGAACUAUCCACCAUUACUCUACGGCUGGCCCGCUCCACUUUGCUGCUCAUCCCACUGUUUGGAAUCCACUACACAGUAUUCGCCUUUUCUCCAGAGAAUGUCAGCAAGAGGGAAAGACUUGUGUUUGAGCUUGGGCUGGGCUCUUUCCAGGGCUUUGUGGUGGCUGUACUCUACUGUUUCCUGAAUGGGGAGGUACAGGCAGAGGUUAAAAGAAAAUGGCGGAGCUGGAAGGUGAACCGUUACUUCACUAUGGACUUCAAGCACCGGCAUCCAUCCCUGGCCAGCAGUGGCGUGAAUGGGGGGACCCAGCUGUCCAUCCUGAGCAAGAGCAGCUCCCAGCUCCGCAUGUCCAGCCUCCCGGCCGACAACUUGGCCACCUGAGCCCUGUCUCCCUCCUUCUCCUGCACAGGCUGGGGCCGAGGGCCAGUGCCUGCGCAUGUUUGUGCCUCUCCCCUCUCCUUGGGCAGGCCCUGGGUAGGAAGCUGGGCUCCUCCAAGGGGGAAGAGAGAGAUAGGGUAUAGGCUGAUAUUGCUCCUCCUGUUUGGGCCCUGCCUACUGUGGUCCACUGAGUCCAAUUUGACAUGUAAAUACACCUCAGAUUUGGAAAGUUGCCCCAUCUCUCCUCCAAACCCGCACCCCUGCUCACCUAGCUCUACCCACUGUGUCAAGGCCAGCCUCCGUGAUGGCCUGAUCCCAGGUACAAGGCCUUGUGAGCUGAGGCUGAAACAUGCCUGCUUUGGAGAGGCUGGGGUAGCGCUUACCCCAGCAGCCUUUCACUGAAUUGACUUUGGAUGUAGGCCCUUCUCAGCCUGUACCAAGUCCUGCAGUUGGCCAGGGAUGUAGCUCAGUGUCCUGAGCACUCUUUGGAGCAGACCAGCCUGAGGCUCCUUUUGCUUACCUGGAAUUUAGGUUGUCCAGGUGCUCAGCUCCUGUGUGCCUGGGGGAUGGGAGGACUCCAGGGCUCUUUUAAUCAAAGACUUAAGUUGGAGUGUGUGUGUGAGGGGGAAUGAGGGUCAGGGAAAGUUCUGGUGCUUUUCAUUUGAUCUAAGAGCUGAGAGCCAGAAAUGCAGAUUCAACCAGGAAGGAGAUGGGAUAGCUGAAGAUCCUACCACAUCCACAACUGUGCUCCUGACUCAAGGCUGGAUUAUGUGGAGGCUUUAUUUCUACCCUUUUGGCCCACAGUGGAUGGUCUGAAGAAGCUGCUCUCCAGCCACACCAAGCGCAGAGAGCCCCACCCUCUCUCUUCUCCAUUUCCCCAGAAGUCAAAGCCAUGUCUAGAAUGAACCAGCCACCUUGCAGUGAAAUGAAUGAGUUCUGAAGCAACUUUUAAUUUCUGAGAGCCAAGUCAUGGGUCCAGGGGUACCCACAGCCCCACCUCUACUGAUGACAAGAAACCCUACAUGCCAUCCCCAGCCUGGACUCAGUUACUAAACUCAGAUAUCUUCAAGACUUACUUCCUCCGUGUGCCCUUGACAUUUGGAUCGCUUGUGGGCCUCUGAGAGUGUUUGGAGGGAACACUGUGUCUGUCAUGUGCAUGAACAGGAGCUGCUAAUGGGAGGAGUGGUGGCUCUCUAGUGCCCAUCUUGCCUCUCUGGCUGCCUGUUGCACAGCCAUAACCUAAGACUUUAAAAUAAGGCCACAUCCAGUUUUGGAAAGGUAGAGGAAACAAAACAAAACAAAACAAAACAAAACAGUAGUGCCAUGGGGCCAUGGGGCCCUGAUCAUUCCAUGUUGAUGCUUGUUCUUGUUCUGGCCUCUGUGGACUUGUUCAUGAUUGUGCUCUGGAAUGCAUGUGGAGUGUGGGAUGCUGUCUUCUUGCUUGCUGUUGUAUUGUGCAGAAGGGGUUCUACGAGAUUUAUGACAGUGCUGAUGGGGGAGCCGUUAGAAAGACUGGAGACUGUUCUAGUUGAUAUGAGUUAAGAGAUGAAGUCUGUAUUUUUGGCUGGUGAAGUAAGUUCUUGGGUCUUCAGCAAAGCCAGAAGGAGUACGCACCUCCAUGGUUCUUUUCCAGAAACAUUUAGUGGCUUGGACCACUGAGUAUACAUUGACCUUUUUCCCCUGCAUCUUAUCUCUUACCACCAUCCCCUCCCCUGUUCCCAGAACCAUGUUAUCAGCCAAACAAGAAAUCAGUUGAUCACCUUGCACUUUGGACAGUUAUAGGGAGCCUGAGCCAUUUAGAAGAGCCUUGGUCCAGGAUUCCAGCUGGGCUCAUGACUGUGAACACAAUGUGCCGUGUGCCAGGCCACAGCUACCUUGUUUCUGAAAUGAGGUUGUUUCUAGUGCUUCUCUGGAUUCUGUAUUAGUCAAAAACUAAGGCAGGCAAACAGAGAUGUAUCCUUGUGUAUAUCAUCUAAGGUGUGUAUGUGUGGGGGGGAUGACAUGCUGUUUAGUUUCCCAUUUGGAUACCACAGUACAAGAUGGUAGAGCACUGGCUAUGGUCAUUUGAAUGGGACCUCAGGCAUUUUGUGCAGAGCUAGCCUUCUACUCCUGGCAGGGACAGGUUGCCUGUGGCACACUCCAUCCAAGGUGCAGCCCUUGGGCUAUCAACCCCAUUCACUUGUCAUCACCCCCACCAGUGGGUCUGCUUCACUGUGGAAGAAGAAACUGUGACUUUCUAGUUGCAAAACAACAAAAAACCAGAUCAACCCUGAGCCCCCACUGCUUCCUGAGCCCCUGCUGCUGCUUCCUGAGCCCAGGGCCUGGGCCCUAGUUCAAGUUCCAGGUUCCUGUUGCUUUGUUUUCCUGUCUGGAAGAAUUUUUUUUUGCUAGUCUUGUGAGAAGAUGGGCCUGAAGGAUUGUGCAUGUUCCCAGGUGGGUCUGACUUUUAGGCCGCAGGCAGUGAAGAGACAGCAUGAGGCUGGGUAAAGCCCUUCCCCUUUGACCCUCUUACAUAUAUAGUGCAAGCAAUAAGACUUACUGAUUUGUGUGUAGGCCAGUGUACCACUGGGGUUCUGUCUAAAACCAACCAUCUUCUUUUGGAGAGGCCCAGGCAAGAGUUGUAGUAGUGUAGCCUGGACCCAGAAAAGGGAAAUCUAUUAAGAAAUCCUGUCUGGCAGGUAAAAAGAACUUCUUGAACUUGGAAACCUCAAGACAGGAGCGUAGCAGUUCCAUGGGGCACCCAGCCUGUGGAGGAUCAUUUCUGGGAAGUAGGGUCUUGUUCUAGGAAACCCUAAAGGCCAAAUCUCAUCUCAUGAACAACCCAGCUUAGGGGAUGAGGACAUCCCUGUCUUGUCCUUGUUUCCUGUCAUGACUGUCCAGCUAUAGGGUAAGCAGCAGGUGUCAGGAGAGGGGGUAGUCUUCAGAACAUGGGAUUAUGUAAUAGGAAUGCUGAGGCUGCCAGAAAGACAGAUUUGUGCGUGAACCUUGGGAUCCACCAUAUUUCGGUCCUGACUAUACUCUCAGUGGACAGUGAUGAGGAUGUCCUUGACAUGCUCAGCAGCCCUUGGUGGGUCCUUUCCUAACCCUUCUCUUCCUCAGACUGACGUCUCUGGGGAGUUGGGAUGGAGCUUGGUCAGCAUACUGGUGCUUGGUCGCCCAGCACCAGGGGCUCUGCUAUUUGGUCUGUACCCUCUCUUCCUUGGAGGGAAAGCUGUGAGAGACUCCCUUUUGGAUUCCUUGAAUACCCUUUACCCCAUACAAAGAGAAGGCAGUGAGUACCAUGUCAAAUUCCACUUGAGCCUAGGGAGCUGGAAACCAACAGGUGGGCCUAGCAUGUUUUUGAAUGAGAAUGUAGCCCUACCAGUAUUGUCUAGCCUUGCGUGAGCCAGAUGUAACACUUCAAGCAAGCAGCCGUUGAAUACAGUGUAUCUUUUGAAGGAGUGGAAGAAAGAUUAGGAGUUCAUGCUACAGUGCAGGAGAAGCAAUGGAGUUGGUAUAAAGAUAGAAGGAACUUGGCUCUCUCCAUCUGUUCUGGGACUCCAUACCUCCUCAUCCUCAACCCCUAAUCUGCAAUGAGGUAGCCAUGGUUGCAUCAUCAUCUAUCCCCUAGCUAGGAAUGGAAAUAAAAUGCUCCCUGUGAUUUUAUAAACUCUGAAAACAACACAGCUGUGUGCUCAUUCUUAGGGUGUAGACUCUGAAAGGUAUCCUUCUUGCAGCUUAUCUUCUGCUUUGAGCACUCUUAAGUUAACCUUUACCCUGUUUGUAAAACCACCAGCACUGAGGGUGAGGAUGAAACCACAGGGCUCUGGUGAUCAUUGAAUUCCAGCUUUAUCUUCAUCACUUUAUUCAGUUUGCUUUGAAGGUCAGGAUGGCGAGAACUCUGAGUGUUGUGAGCAUCUCUGUGCCAUCUCUGCUGGCAUCCUUUAAGGGUAUGGGACAUUCCUCAAGAAUUGGCCAAAUGCCCAUUCUUCUUCCUCUCCCUGAACUCCAGGUCCUGUGAUGUCUGUACUAAGCCAUGUGUGUCUCGUCUGCUGUCUGUCUUCUGAGGCUUAGCGUCUGUCAGGGUGUUUCAGCCCUUGGUACUUCAGAUGUGGCUCCAGGCCCACUCAUGGGAGCUGGACCAGUCUGGGUUUAAUUUCCCACAAUAAAGAUAAAUCCCACGGACCUCACUGCUACCGCUGCCUCCAUCAACGCUGUGCUCUCACCUUGUCUGGGAUUUUAAGGAUGUCAAACUGCUGUAGAUGACUCAAUAAAUGUCUUAUCAUUU